AUGGCAGAUAAUAUACAAGAAGAAAUAAAUCAUCAUGAUAUUAAACAAUGGCAACAUUGUUCAUUAUUUAAUUUAGAUUUAUUUAAUGAUGAACAUCAUAAUUUAAAUAUAAAUAAAGAUAAUAAUAUAAAUAUUGAUGAAUGUUGUUGUUCAUUAUCAACACCAAAUGUUGAUGAUCAAUUUAGUAAAAAACAUUUAGAUCAUUCAUGUCCAUUUAAUGUUUUACAAAAAAAUUAUACAACACAACUUGAACAUGUUGCUGAAAAAUUAUUAUCUAAUAAUGAUAAUAAUACAUUAGAUAAUUGUUAUUAUUGUUCAACAUAUGAAACAAAUGAUACAAAAGUACAAUCAAUUAAUCGUAAAAUUCUUCUUGGUUCAACAGUUAUUUUUGAUAAUUUUCUUCGAAAUAAUCUUAAAACAUCUUUACUUAUAAAUUCAAAUAAUCCUUCAUCAACAACAACAACAACAAUUAUUAAUGGUAAUAAUAAUAAUAAUAAUAAUAAUAAUAAUCCACGACGAUGGCAUUCCGAACGAGGUAGUCGUCAUUCAAAUGUUCGUGCUAAUUUACCAUUAACAACAGCUCAACGUCAAGUACUUGAACGUUAUAUGAAUUAUCCAAUAAUUAAACCACCAACAAAUAUUCGUUCAAUACAUCGAUCACAUCAUCAUCAUCAUCAUCAUCAUCAUCAACCAAUAAUAGGAAAAGUUGUUGAAAAUACUGGAACAGCUCUAUCUACUCUUACUGAACAACCAUUAAAUACAACAAAUUCAAUAAAUACUAUUUCACAUAUUCGAAAAAAUAGUGCAGCAUCAAAUAAUACACAUAUACGUCCAAUUUUAUCAAAUGCAUCAUCAAUAUCAACUGCAUCUCAUCGACAUUGUUUUUUAGUUGAUACAAUCGUACAUAAUAAAUCUAAAGAUGAUUCAAAAAAUAAUAAUGAAAAUGAAUUCAUAUCAUCUGAAUUUGAUCAUAUAGAUGAUAAAGAAAGUAAUAUUGAACUUAAUCAAAUAUCAAUUUUAUCAAAUCAUCCUUUAAAUUUAACAGAAAUUUUAUCAGAAUGUACAAUUUGUUGCGAAUUAAAACGUUUACAAAAGCGUACAUGCUGUAAUUUUUAUGUUUGUUCAACAUGUUUAAAUAUAUAUGUUGAACAACAAAUUAAACAAGGUAUUAUUCGUAUUCAAUGUCCAAAUCGACAAUGUCUUAUAUAUAUGCAUCGUGAUGAAAUACAUAAACGUUGUAUAUCACCUGAAUUACGACAUAAAUUUACACGUAUAUUAAUUGAUAAUAAUCGUUUAAUAAAUAUAAAAACAUGUCCAAGAUGUUCAAAUAUACAUGAAAUAGAUGUUGAAAUUUGUCGAUCAAUGAAACGAGCACCAACAAAAGUUCAAUGUGUUGAAUGUAAUUUAAUCUGGUGUUUUCAAUGUCAUUCACCAUGGCAUGAUGGUAUACAAUGUAAAGAAUUUCGUCGUGGUGAUCGAAUGUUAAAAAAAUGGGCAAGAGAAGUUCAUUAUGGACAACAUAAUGCACAACAAUGUCCAUGUUGCAAAGUUUAUAUUCAACGAACUAAAGGAUGUGAUCAUAUAGUUUGUCUUCGUUGUAAAACUGAAUUUUGUUAUAAAUGUGGUGAUCGUUUUCGAGAUAUUAAAUUUAUAGGCGAUCAUUAUAGUGAAUUAAGUGUGCUUGGUUGCAAAUAUCGUUUUUAUCCUGAUAAUCCAUUAAAACGUCGACUUAUACGUGGUUCAAUACUUGGUGGAAAAAUUUUAGCUGCACCAAUUAUUUUAUGUUUAGCAGCUGUAGCUGGUGCCGUUUGUGCUAGUAUUGGUUUUCCAGCUUAUUGUUGUUUUAUGCUUGUUCGACAGAUUAAAGCUAGUCGACGAAAACAUCGUCAUGCAACAUUAAAAGAACCUGUUUUAAUGGGUUAUAAAACAUUAAAUGAUAUGGUACCACAAUUAAUACCACGUGAUCCAGUGAAUAUGAAUAGUAUUAAAUCAAGAUUUAAUUCAAUACGAUCAAAUAUUCAAAAUAAUAUUGAUAUUAAUACAAUUAGUAAUGCACCAAUUGCUGUUUUUGAUGAAUGUGAUAUUCAUAUUCCAACAAAUCAAAAAGAUGAACUAAUGACAAGUCCAAUAAGUUCAUCAUCAUCACCGAAUUUUCCACGAUUAAUCUCAUAUUCAACAUUACGAACAUCAAUAUCAAAGAAAAAUGAAUAA